GCUGGGAUUCAUAGUCCACAGUCAUAGCCAGCAACCUGUUUGCUGAGAAGAUGAAGUGCAUGGAGGUGGCUGUGUUGUUUGUCCUUGUACAAACUAUGAUUCCACACAGUGCAGCCUUCACUGUGUCAGUAAGUACAACUUCUCAUCCUACUUCACUGCCUCCAUACUUGACUCAUCCUCAGGAAGCAAGUGGUCCCCCUCACAGUGCACCAACGCUAUUUGCCAACGUGUCAGGCUCUUUGGAUGACCAAGGAAUAUGCCAGUGCUCUGUGUACCUGCCAGAUACUACAUUUCCUGUGCAGAAGGUUGAAAAAUUGGAAAUCAUAGCCCAAACCCUGUCUCAGAAAUUUGACAGUGAACUGUCUAAAGUUACACAGUACAUAAAAGCAAUGGAGGUGUAUGAACAAAAAAUCCAAAAUCUAACUAUAAGGGUGGAGCUUAUGGAGAAGACAAGUGGUUCCUAUACUGAAUUGGACUUCCAGUUACUGAAAGUUGAAAUCAAAGAAAUGGAGAAACUAAUUAUUCAGUUAAAAUCGACACUUGUUGGAAGUAAUGUGAUCGUUGAACAACUAUAUGUGGAGAUCAAGAAUCUGACUAUGAUAGUAAAUGAUCUUGAAUUAAUGGACAAAAACAAUGUCCUUGCAAUUCGUCGACAAAUUGUAAAUCUGCAGAAUCAGCUGAAGGCAUGUGAAGAGAACAGCAGUAAGACCACAGAACCACCCUAUUUUGCACCAGGUAGCUGUUCUCAUGGUGGAAUUCUCAAUAUCACCAGGCCCUAUAUUAUACAGUUGAACUGGAGAGGAUUUUCCUUCAAGUAUGGUGCCUGGGGAAGGGAUUAUUCUCCUCUUACCCCUGAGAAAGCCAUGUACUGGGUUGCACCUUUGAACACUGAUGCAAGACUCUUAGAAUAUUAUAGACUUUAUAAUUCCUAUGAUGACCUGUUGUUAUACAAUAAUCCUAGAGAGUACCGAGUGACGUAUGGAGAAGGCAGUGGCACUACAGUUUACAAUAACUUCAUGUAUUUUAAUAUUUAUCGUACAAGAGACAUAGCCAAACUUGAUUUAAAUACGAACACUGUAGUUUUGAGGAAAGCUCUGCCAGAUGCAGUUUAUGGUAACCGUUUCUCUUAUGCUGGUGUAGCCUGGCAAGAUAUGGACUUCACUGUGGAUGAAAAUGGAUUGUGGGUAAUUUAUUCAACUGAGGCCAGCACUGGUAACAUUGUGAUUAGCAAACUUAAUGAGACCUCACUCGAUGUGCUAAAUACUUGGGAGACAAAACAGUACAAACCAGCUGUUUCCAAUGCCUUCAUCAUAUGUGGUGUUCUAUAUGCCACAAGAACUAUGAACACCAGGAAAGAGGAAAUCUUUUAUACUUAUGACACAAACACUGGACAGGAAAGUCAAAUCAGCAUCAUUAUGGAUAAAAUGUUAGAAACAGUCCAAAGUAUCAAUUACAACCCCAGUGACCAAAAGCUUUAUGUUUAUAAUGAUGGCUACCUUGUUACAUACAAUCUGAUCUUUCAACCUAUAUUACAGUAA